CCAGAUCUAAGCACCCUGUGGGCCGGAUUUGACAUCCCUGAUCUACUCUGUGAUGCAUGCUACUGUUCUUUGUUUCCCUUUUGCUAUAUCCAUUGCUGUUAGAUACUUCUCCGUACCCUUCUGAGCUCUCCUGGCCUGGUUGAUGCCACCAUGCCCAGAUCCUACUCCUGCCUCUGGCCACCAUAUCUACCAAACCCCAGGAAGCUGUUCUGUCUUCCUUGUGGCCAUCCAUCAUUUCUCUUCUUUUGGUGUUAAUCCUGGUUGCCUAUAAUUUCUCUGAAAGGUUUUUUUCUUUUUUUGUCCCAAAUCUAUCCCCUCCUGGAAUUAGAUUUGGGUACUCCGUUUUGCCCAAGGAAGGAAGAUUCCAAAAGAUUCUCAAGGUGUCAGAAGGCAUUCCAACAUUCAACUUGCAGAUUGCUGGCACUAAAUGUACAGAAGACAAACAGAUGGAAGACAAACAGAUGGAAGGAUGGUACCAUAGAUUAACCAGAAUGAAUUGGCAGCACGUAGCUCCUGGAGUCAUCCUUUUACUAGUCAAGCUCACAGGGACAUCUCUAUUUUUUGUUUUUUUUCCACAGAUCUUUCCCAAGGGGAACAUAUCUCUCUCUACAAAAAAUUCUUCAGUGUGGCCCCCUGCUCCUGAGCAGAUCUCUUCCCUUUCUCCCUUGCAUCCUACUACAGUCAGAAUUCCUUUGAAGAAACCAAGGUGGGAACGAUUCAGAGGGCAUGAUUAUUUGUUUUCUGAAGAGAAAGCUACGUGGCUGAUCAGCCAACUUGAUUGUAAAGAUUGGAAAUCAAACCUUGUGAUCAUCAAUGACACAAAAGAACUGGAAUUUGUUAUUAACAAAACAGCAAUGGCUAAUUAUUUCAUUGGACUCACCUAUUCAGAAUCAACAAAAAAAUGGGAGUGGAUUGAUCACAAAGAGCACAACAUAAACCUCUUUCCAAUUAAAGCAACAAUGGAUAAAGAAUGUGUUGCUAUUGGGGCAGGAGAUGUGAGUCCAGUAUCGUGUUAUGAUGACUACAACUGGGUUUGUGAGAAGACCUAUAGUUAAUUGAUUGAAAGAAACCUCUGCAAGGCUGCCUAGGAGUGAAGACUGAGUAAACAGCAAACCUUGUUGUUUAAUAAAAUAGUUAUAUCCUU